AUGCCUACGCCAACGCCUCCUGCGAAGCCGCCGAGUCCUCUCGACAAGGAACAGAUGCACGGGCUGAGAUCGAUUCGCGAAUUCCUUAAAGUCCGAACGAGCUACGAUGUCCUCCCACUCUCCUUCCGGCUUAUCGUCCUCGACACCGACCUCCUCAUUAAGAAAAGCCUCAAUAUCCUUAUCCAGAACUCUAUCGUUUCUGCCCCGUUAUGGGACUCCCACACCUCCACGUUUGCCGGCUUGUUGACAGCCACCGACUACAUCAAUGUCAUCCAAUACUACUGCCAGUUCCCCGAUGAGAUGAGCAAGCUCGAACACUUCCGGCUCAGCAGCUUACGAGACAUCGAAAAAGCCAUUGGCGUCUCGCCCCUCGAAACAGUCUCGGUCCACCCCAUGCGACCCCUCUACGAAGCCCUGCGCCGAAUGCUCAAGACCAAGGCCCGCCGAAUCCCGCUCAUCGACGUCGACGACGAGACGGGCCGGGAAAUGGUGGUCAGCGUCAUCACGCAGUACCGGAUCCUCAAGUUCAUCGCGGUCAACAACGAGCACAACACCGUCCUCCUCAAGAAGCCGGUCAAGGACGUCGGCCUCGGCACGUGGUCCAACCUCGUCACGGCCAACAUGGGCACGUCGGUCCUGCAGGUGGUCAACCGCAUGGUCAAGUCGGACAUCUCCUGCGUGCCCAUCAUCGACAAGCACGGCCGCGUGCUCAACGUCUUCGAAGCGGUCGACAUCAUCCCCUGCAUCCGGGGCGGGGCCUACGACGAGCUGUCGGCCAGCGUCGGCGACGCCCUGUGCAAGCGGCCCGACGACUCCCCCGGCAUCUACACCUGCUCGCCCGACGAUAGGCUGGAUUCCAUCUUCGACACGGUCCGCAAGUCGAGGGUGCACCGGCUGAUCGUGGUGGACGACGACAACAGGCUCAGGGGCAUCAUCUCCCUAUCGGACAUACUCAAGUACGUCCUCCUCUACGGCGAAGAGGACGACAACAACUAG